AUGCGCGCCUAUCUAUUGGCAGUGCUCUCUGAACAUCCAGGACAUUUUGCACCGAACUUCGGGACGAUCGAACUUGCAAUAGCAUUGCACAAAGUGUAUGAUACACCGCGCGACAAAGUCAUCUGGGACAUCGGUCAUCAGGCGUAUCCGCAUAAACUGCUCACCGGAAGACGGGAAUCGUUCCCAACGCUGCGACAAAGAGGUGGUAUCAGCGGGUUCCUCAGCAGAGCCGAGAGUGAAUAUGAUGUCUUUGGUGCGGGACACUCCAGUACUUCUAUCGCCGCGGCAUUAGGUAUCGCAACUGCCAGAGACCUCAUCAAUGAGCAUUACAAAGUCGUCGCUGUCAUCGGAGAUGGUGGAUUAACAGGCGGAAUGGCAUUUGAAGCGUUGAACGCCGCCGGUGACUUCAGAAACGAUAUGACCGUCAUUCUCAACGACAAUAACAUGUCCAUUUCAGCGACUGUCGGCGCGUUUUCAAAACAUUUUCACAAACUCACGAGUUCACCACAGUACAACUUCCUCCGCUCUGGUGCGAAGGGGUUGAUUAAUAUGAUUUCAGAAGAUGCCAAGCAGAUAGCCAGGAAGAUUGAGGCAUCAUUGAAACCGGGCACUCUGUUUGAGGAAUUCGGAUUCCGCUACUUCGGUCCCCUCGACGGAAACGAUUUAGAGGCAUUGAUACCGGUUUUGACCGGCAUCCGCAGUCUCACCGGUCCUAUUCUACUGCAUGUCGUAACCGAAAAGGGGCGCGGCUACACACCAGCAGAAGAAGAUCCAGUCGGGUUCUAUAGUGUCAGUGGUCCCUUCAAUCUGAAAACAGGAAAGACAACCAAACCGAAACCUGAAACACCCGCCUAUACGGAAGUAUUCAGCCGAACGUUGAUUGAAUUAGCGAAACGCGAUGCGAGGAUCGUCGGUGUGACGGCAGCGAUGCUCGGUGGUACAGGGCUUGAUAAGUUUGCAAGCGCAUUUCCGAGCCGAUGCUUCGACAUCGGUUUGGCAGAACAGUGUGCCGUUACGUUCGCUGGUGGGCUUGCCGCUCAAGGAAUGCGUCCCGUUGCCGCCAUCUAUUCUACUUUCCUCCAGCGAAGUUACGACCAAGUGUUACACGAUGUCUGUAUUCAAAACCUUCCGGUUAUUUUCGCAUUGGACAGAGGCGGGCUUGUGGGAGCGGAUGGUCCAACGCAUCACGGCGUUUUCGAUUUGGCAUUCCUCCGCUCUAUUCCAAACAUGGUCGUCAUGGCACCCAAAGAUGAGAACGAACUACAGUCUAUGGUGAAGACAGCUGUGGCGUAUCAAGAGGGUCCCAUUGCGUUCCGUUACCCGCGCGGCACUGGCAUCGGUGUGAAAAUAGCCGCGGAACCGCAGGCACUACCGAUUGGAAAAAGUGAAAUCGUUAGAGAGGGCGAGGAUGUGCUCGUGAUUGCCAUCGGCAACCGCGUCUAUCCGGCGCUUGAAGCUGCACAAACGUUAGCCGAUUCUGGAAUCUCAGCGGCGGUUAUUAACGCACGGUUUGUCAAGCCGCUGGACACCGCGACAAUCCUACCGCUUGCGGAACGGAUCGGUAAGGUAAUUACGAUUGAGGAUGGCGUGAUAAUGGGCGGUUUCGGUAGCGCAGUUUUGGAGGCACUUGCCGCAGCAGGUAUCAAAGACGUGCAGAUCACAAACCUCGGUAUUCCAGAUGAAUUUAUUGAGCACGGUGAUAUCCAGCAACUCUAUGCCUUAUGUCAGUGCGAUGCCGAUGCGGUUGUCCGCACGGCACAGGCAAUGCUGCAAUAG